AUGGCAGCCCAGAGGAUUCGAGCUGCCAACUCCAGUGGCCUCCCGCGCUGCAAGUCCGAGGGGACGCUGAUCGACCUCGGCGAAGGGUUUUCGGAAACCAGCUUUAGUGACGUCAAAGUGCCUUCUCCUAGUGCCUUGCUGGUAGACAAUCCCACGCCUUUUGGAAAUGCAAAGGAAGUUGUAGCAAUCAAGGACUAUUGCCCAACUAACUUCACAACCUUAAAGUUCUCCAAGGGUGACCACCUCUACGUCUUGGAUACCUCAGGAGGCGAGUGGUGGUAUGCUCAUAAUACCACGGAAAUGGGUUACAUACCUUCCUCCUACGUCCAGCCUGUAAACUACCGCAACUCUUCCUUCACUGACAGUGGCAUGAUAGACAAUCUGCUCGAAAGCCCUGACGAAGGAGUCCGAGAGCUAGAUCUGCUUGGAGAGUGGACUGAUGUAAAGAGAAACUCUGCCAACACCUACAGUAACAACCCUUUCUUAAAUGGGGUCCAAACCAAUCCGUUUCUGAAUGGGAACUUGCAAAUGAUGCCCAGCUCAGACAAAGAGUGCACCCCCAAAACCACUGUGGACUUACUGCUGUUUGACACGGCAGCUCCUCCGUUUACAGGGGCCGGUUCUGCAAUGAACAGCAGCAUAAGUAACAUAUUUGUUGAACUUCCAUCCACAAAUGGAUUGGAGUUCGAACAGCCUGUGAGGCGGGACAAUCCCUUCUUCAGAAGUAAACGCUCAUACAGUUUGUCGGAGCUGUCUGUCCUUCAGGCAAAAUCAGAAAUGCCAGCAUCAUCAGGGUUUUUUACUGGAUUAAAAUCGCCUACCCCAGAGCAGUUCCAGAGCAGGGAAGAUUUUAGAACUGCCUGGCUGAACCACAGGAAGCUGGCACGGUCGUGCCACGACUUGGACUUGCUUGGCCAGAAUCCUGGCUGGGGUCAGACACAACCUGUGGAGACCAACAUCGUCUGCAAGCUGGAUAGUUCUGGUGGAGCAGUUCAGCUCCCGGAUACAAACAUCAGCAUCCAUGUGCCAGAAGGACACGUCUCGCCGGGGGAAACACAGCAGAUCUCCAUGAAAGCCCUGUUAGACCCACCCCUGGAGCUCAACAGUGACAAAUGCAGCACCAUAAGCCCAGUGCUGGAGAUUAAACUGAGCAACAUGGAAGUAAAAACGUUCAUCAUGUUGGAGAUGAAAGUGUCGGCGGAGGUCAAGAAUGACAUUGUGAGUCAGAGCUUGGUGGGAUUACAGUGCCUGCGUAGUGACACAAAAGAAGGACCCUAUACACCAAUGCAACUCAGCUAUUCCUAUGGAGACACGAUACAGGUGCAAUUGGAUAACCUGGAACCUUGUAUGUAUGUAGCUGUUGUAGCCCAAGGACAGAAUGUCAUAUAUCCUUACACUGUCUGGGACUACAUCAGUAAAAAGAUCACAGUGGGUGUCUAUGGCCCCAAACACAUACAUCCUUCUUUUAAAACCAUAGUGGCUAUUUUUGGACACGAGUGUGCGCCAAAGACUCUCUUAGUGACCGAGGUUACACGGCAAAUCCACGGCGUGGCGCCUGUGGCCCUGCAGCUGUGGGGCAAGCACCAGUUCGCUCUGGCCCAGCCGCAGGACCUGAAACUCUGCAUGUUUUCCAACAUGACUAAUUAUGAGGUGAAGGCCAGCGAACAAGCCAAAAUCAUCAGAGGCUUCCAGAUGAAGCUGGGGAAAGUCAGCCGCCUCAUCUUCCCAAUCAUGUCCCAUGACUUCAAUGAGCUCUCAGACUUCACGUUGAGGAUACAGGUCAAGGAUGACAAGGACGCCAUAUUGACCCAGUUCUGUGUGCAAACACCACAACCACCUCCUAAAAGUGCCAUCAAGUCCACUGGGCAGAGAAGGUUCCUCAAGAAGAAUGAGGUUGGGAAGAUCAUUCUGUCCUCCCUGGCUGCCAGUAGCAAAUAUCCGGUCUUUCAGGAGCGGCCAGUUGCGAGCCUGAAGUAUGGCAAACUGCUUAAAACUGUAGUGCGCCAAAACAAGAACCAUUAUUUACUGGAAUAUAAGAAAGGAGAUGUCAUAGCGCUGCUCAGUGAAGAGAAGAUCAAACUGAAAGGCCAGCUGUGGACCAAGGAAUGGUACAUUGGCUACUACCAAGGAAAAAUCGGCCUUGUUCACGCCAAAAACGUGCUAGUGGUUGGGAAAGUCAAGCCCAGCUAUUUUUCUGGACCUGAUCUCACCACCAGUGCAUUGCUUGAGCAAAUCCUGAGGCCUUGCAAAUUUCUGACUUACAUCUACGCCUCAGUCAGGACUCUGCUUAUGGAGAACAUCAGCAGCUGGCGCUCGUUCGCAGACGCCUUGGGAUACAUGAACUUGCCGCUCACUUUCUUCUGUCGAGCAGAACUAGACAGCGAGUCGGAACGGGUAGCCUCGGUGCUGGAGAAGCUGAAAGAAGACUGCAAUAAUACUGAGAACAAGGAGAGGAAAUCUUUCCAGAAAGAGCUAAUGGCGGCCUUGCUGAAAAUGGACUGCCAGGGGCUGGUCGUGAGGCUCAUUCAGGACUUUGUGCUCCUGACCACAGCCGUGGAAGUGGCUCAGCGCUGGAGGGAGCUGGCAGAGAAGCUAGCCAAGGUCUCCAAACAACAGAUGGACGCCUACGAAGCCCCCCACCGAGACAGGAAUGGAGCGGUAGACAGUGAGGCCAUGUGGAAACCAGCCUACGACUUUCUGCUAACCUGGAGCAAUCAGAUUGGAGAUAGCUACCGAGAUGUCAUCCAGGAGCUGCACAUAGGGCUGGAUAAGAUGAAGAACCCCAUCACCAAGCGCUGGAAACAUCUAACAGGAACCCUGAUCCUAGUCAAUUCCUUGGACAUACUCCGUGCAGCCGCCUUUAGCCCUCCAGACCAUGAAGAUUUUGCUAUCUGA